UGUACUUUUUCAAACAAAACUCCAAAACAAAAUGUUUGGAUGCAACAUAUUCAAGUUGCAUCGGAAGAAUGGUCAAUGAUGCAGUUGCCCCCAAAGCCAAUUGUAAAAUGGUAGCUGUUAAUGAUGGCAAGAAUCCACAUCUUUGCUUAUUUGCUGUUCGAGACAUUGAAGUCUGGGAAGAACUUCGGUUUGAUUAUGGUGUACCCAACUUGCCAUGGAGAAAGAUGGGGCAGAUGCAGGAAAAGCAUAAUGACUACCUUGACAAGCUCACUUUCUGUGGACUGAAAAAGAAUUCUGCAGCUGAUGAUGUCAACAAGUGUUCCCCAAAACACAACUCACAAGCUGAUGACUCCGAUACUACACGUGAUGACAGUGAUGACAAUGAUUACAUUCCCGAUAGUGAAAAUGAAGAAAUAGAAAGUGACUCCAGCGACCAGCUUUGUGGAUUAAGAGGUGCAGCAAAACAAUCCAUGUUUCAAACUAAUGAGAAUUCUGCAGAUGAUCAGGAUGUGAACAAUUCACCUAGUGAAGGCGACCUUCAUACCAGCAUCAACAUUACUUCUGAAACCAAACAACCUGUGAAAUAUCAAGGUGCAACAGGUACACUAGUGCAACAGCAUGGAAAGAAUUCUGCAGCUGAUGAUGUCAACAAGUGUUCCCCAAAACACAACUCACAAGCUGAUGACUCCGAUACUACACGUGAUGACAGUGAUGACAAUGAUUACAUUCCCGAUAGUGAAAAUGAAGAAAUAGAAAGUGACUCCAGCGACCAGCUUUGUGGAUUAAGAGGUGCAGCAAAACAAUCCAUGUUUCAAACUAAUGAGAAUUCUGCAGAUGAUCAGGAUGUGAACAAUUCACCUAGUGAAGGCGACCUUCAUACCAGCGUCAACAUUACUUCUGAAACCAAACAACCUGUGAAAUAUCAAGCCCACAAGAAAAAACCUCGCAGACCUUGCCCUUACUGCGGAAUAAUGCAAGCCCGGCUGAACAGACACAUGCAAAGCAAACACAAAAAGGAGGAGGCAAUAAAACAUGCCCAAAAGUUGCCACAAAGGGAGCGUGAAAGAGUUUUCAGGAGGUUACGUCUACAGGGUAUAUUUAACUAUAACAAAGAGCUCAUCAAAAAUGGAGAUUCUAGUAGAUUGUUGACACAAAGGUCACAGAAACCUGAUACCAAGUUGGUCAUUUGCAGCAGUUGCAAUGGGUUCUACAAUAGGCACUUUUUCUGGAGUCACAAGCAGAAUUGUAACAGAGAUUCUGUGCAGUCUGCAACCCCAUUACCAACACCACUUCUGAAACCAUAUCCUAGGUUUGUAACCAGUGAAUUCAAAGAAGAUAUUCUAAGUGGUUUCCAGGAAGAUGAUAUUGGCAAUCUGUGUAGAAGUGAUCAUCAUAUUUGCAUGUUUGGGGCAAGAAUUUUUGACAAAAUGAAGCGCAAGCAGGAUAAAAAGUUUGAAGUGCGGAGGUCUGUGAUGACUGACAUGAGGCGGAUGGCCACACUGUUUCAUGAAUUCAAAUUGCUCAACCCCAAUCAUGAUUCCGAAUCAUCAGCCGAGAUGUUUGAUCGAAAGAAUUUUGACACAUUGCAUGAAGCAAUAAACCAGGUCACACAAAAAGACCCAAGUUCAGAACCUGGCAACCACUCAACUCUCAAGGCUGGUUUGAAAAUCAGUAUUUUCUAUCUGCUGAAAAAAAUGGCAAAGGUGUUGAAAGGAUCAUAUCUGGUCAGUUGCAAAGAUCAAAAAGCCCAAGACAUUGACAAAUUCAUAGACAUCCUUACUCUGAAUAAGGACUUCAUCUUUGGCGAUGCAGUUUACAGUCUACAAAGAAACAGACAUAUCAACCUAAGAAAACCAGAAAGCCUACCCCUGGAAGAUGAUGUCAAACUAAUCAGAGACUACACAGUGAUAGAGAUAGGCAACAUGCUGAAGGACAACUUCCUGUUCUGGUCAUCACAAGAAUUUGUCAAGCUGCGUGAUUUAACAGCAUCACGAAUAACAUUAUUUAAUGCAAGGAGGGGUGGAGAGCCAGCCAGACUAACCAUAAGCGAGUGGGAAGAAGCCGCAAAUGACUCUUGGCUGAACACUGACUACAUGAAGCACAUCGAUGACAAAGAGAAGGUCCUCUUUAAGCAAAUGAAAGUAACAUUCCAGACUGGAAAAGGGAAUAAUCAUCUGGUACCAGUACUGAUACCCAUCGACUCAACACAGGCAAUGGCAAAACUUGCUGACCCUAAAAUAAGAAAAAAUGCAAAUGUCCAUCCAUCAAAUUUGUACAUAUUCCCAUGUAUUCAAGGUAGCCUCAAUCACAUGAGUGGUUGGCAUAGUGUGCAGCGUGUUUGUUUUGAGGCCAGAGUGCAUGAGCCAGCUAAAAUGACAGCUACUGCAUUCCGUCAUCGAGCAAGUACCCUCUACGCAGGAAUGGAUGUUCCAGAAAAUGAAAGGCAUCUUUUCUACAAGCACAUGGGACACUCGGCCCUUGUAAAUGCAAACAUCUAUCAAGCUCCUUUGGCCAUCCAAGAAGUGCAAAUAGUUGGAAAGCGGCUUCAACAAAUGGAUAUAGGAAUGUUUCAACCACCAGAGGAAGCAGUGAACCACACUACGACAAUGCAAGUAAACACAUCAUGUAGUACAACAAGUAAGAGCACAACUUCAGUUCAACCACCAGAGGAAGCAGUGAACCAGACUACAACAACAGCUGAGAACACAAAUUCAGCAAGUACACCAAGAGCAACUGAAAACCAUCAACAUCAGAGUUCUACAGCAGCUAAAAAGGACACAGGUCAACGAAAUUACACACAGUGGUCAAAUGUGGCAAGUAACGCAGUUGUUGAACACUUCAACGCUUUUGUGGAUGGAACAAGUCUCCCACGUAAAGCAGAUAUUCUACCAUUUCUGCGGGAAAACUCCUUCAUAACCUGUUCUUGGGAGACAGUACGAACAAAGGUCCUGAAUGAACAAAAGGCAAGGGCCACCAGACUAAAGAAGAAAAUGAGUGUACUCCAUGAAUAAACUCUGCGAAAUCUCACCGUGAAGAAUGACAUUUAAAAAUGUUCUAUCUUUACCAUAUAGGCAAAUCCACUAUCAAAGUAUUUUUAACAUGUCCUCUACCAUUAUUGGAACAAUAUUUUUUUUCUCAAACAGAUACCAUUCAGGGGAGGACAUCUUGUAGUCUCUAUAGUGAUAAUUGAUCUAGGUUUUUUAGAUUGCUAAUUUUGAUCAGUUAGAUCAUCGUUUUUGUCUUGCAAGUCAAUACAAUUUACAAUUUCUAAUUGUAGGACUUAAACUUAACUAUAAAAGAGGUUUAGACUGUUGUUUAAAUUGAAUUUUACUCAGUCGAAGUGUCAUUUGGUCUGUGCUGAUAGGAUGGACAUCUUGUAGUCUCUAGUGAUGAUUGAUCUAGGUUUUUUAGAUUGCUAAUUUUGAUCAGUUAGAUCAUCAUUUGCCUUGCAAGUCAAUACAAUUAACAAUUUCUAAUUGUAGGACUUAAACUUAAGUAUGAAAGAGGUUUACACUGUUGUUUAAAUUGAAUUUUACUCAGUCGAAUUGUCAUUUGGUCUGUGCUGAUAGGAUGGACGUCUUGUAGUCUCUAGUGAUGAUUGAUCUAGGUUUUUUAGAUUUCUAAUUUUGAUCAGUUAGAUCAUCGUUUGCCUUGCAAGUCAAUACAAUUUACAAUUUCUAAUUGUAGGACUUAAACUUAACUAUAAAAGAGGUUUACACUAUUGUUUAAAUUGAAUUUUGCUCAGUCGAAUUGUCAUUUGGUCUGUGCUGAUAGGAUGGACAUCUUGUAGUUUCUAGUGAUAAUUGAUCUAGGUUUUUAGAUUGCUAAUUUUGAUCAGUUAGAUCAUCGUUUGCCUUCCAAGUCAAUACAAUUUACAAUUUCUAAUUGUAGGACUUAAACUUAACUAUAAAACAGGUUUACACUGUUAGUUAAAUUGAAUUUUACUCAGUCGAAUUGUCAUUUGGUCUGUGCUGAUAGAAUGGACAUCUUCUAGUCUCUAGUGAUGAUUGAUUUAGGUUUUUUAGAUUGCUAAUUUUGAUCAGUUAGAUCAUCGUUUGCCAUGCAAGUCAAUACAGUUUACAAUUUCUAAAUGUAGGACUUAAACUUAACUUUAAAAGAGGUUUACACUAUUGUUUAAAUUGAAUUUUACUCAGUCGAAUUGUCAUUUGGUCUGUGCUGAUAGGAUAAACAUCUUGUAGUCUCUAGUGAUGAUUGAUUUAGGUUUUUUAGAUUGCUAAUUUUGAUCAGUUAGAUCAUCGUUUGCCUUCCAAGUCAAUACAAUUUACAAUUUCUAAUUGUAGGACUUAAACUUAACUUUGAAAGAGGUUUACACUGUUGUUUAAAUUGAAUUUUACUCAGUCAAAUUGUCAUUUGGUCUGUGCUGAUAUGACGGACAUCUUGUAGUCUCUAGUGAUGAUUGAUGUAGGUUUUUUAGAUUGCUAAUUUUGAUCAGUUAGAUCAUCGUUUGCCUUGCAAGUCAAUACAAUUUACAAUUUCUAAUUGUAGGACUUAAACUUAACUUUGUAAGAGGUUUACAUUGUUGUUUAAAUUCAAUUUUACUGAGUCGAAUUGUCAUUUGGUCUGUGCUGAGAGGAUGGACAACUUGUAGUCUCUAGUGAUGAUUGAUCUAGGUUUUUUAGAUUGCUAAUUUUGAUCAGUUAGAUCAUCGUUUGCCUUGCAAGUCAAUACAAUUUACAAUUUCUAAUUGUAUGACUUAAACUUAACUUUGUAAGAGGUUCACAUUGUUGUUUAAAUUGAAUUUUACUCAGUCGAAUUGUCAUUUGGAUAGGAUAGGAUGGACAUCUUGUAGUUUCUAGUGAUAAUUGAUCUAGGUUUUUAGAUUGCUAAUUUUGAUCAGUUAGAUCAUCGUUUGCCUUCCAAGUCAAUACAAUUUACAAUUUCUAAUUGUAGGACUUAAACUUAACUAUAAAAGAGGUUUACACUGUUGUUUAAAUUGAAUUUUACUCAGUAGAAUUGUCAUUUGGUCUGUGCUGAUAGGAUGGACAUCUUGUAGUCUCUAGUGAUGAUUGAUCUAGGUUUUUUAGAUUGCUAAUUUUGAUCAGUUAGAUCAUCGUUUGCCUUGCAAGUCAAUACAAUUUACAAUUUCUAAUUGUAGGACUUAAACUUAACUAUAAAACAGGUUUACACUGUUAGUUAAAUUGAAUUUUACUCAGUCGAAUUGUCAUUUGGUCUGUGCUGAUAGAAUGGACAUCUUCUAGUCUCUAGUGAUGAUUGAUUUAGGUUUUUUAGAUUGCUAAUUUUGAUCAGUUAGAUCAUCGUUUGCCAUGCAAGUCAAUACAGUUUACAAUUUCUAAAUGUAGGACUUAAACUUAACUUUAAAAGAGGUUUACACUAUUGUUUAAAUUGAAUUUUACUCAGUCGAAUUGUCAUUUGGUCUGUGCUGAUAGGAUAAACAUCUUGUAGUCUCUAGUGAUGAUUGAUUUAGGUUUUUUAGAUUGCUAAUUUUGAUCAGUUAGAUCAUCGUUUGCCUUCCAAGUCAAUACAAUUUACAAUUUCUAAUUGUAGGACUUAAACUUAACUUUGAAAGAGGUUUACACUGUUGUUUAAAUUGAAUUUUACUCAGUCAAAUUGUCAUUUGGUCUGUGCUGAUAUGACGGACAUCUUGUAGUCUCUAGUGAUGAUUGAUGUAGGUUUUUUAGAUUGCUAAUUUUGAUCAGUUAGAUCAUCGUUUGCCUUGCAAGUCAAUACAAUUUACAAUUUCUAAUUGUAGGACUUAAACUUAACUUUGUAAGAGGUUUACAUUGUUGUUUAAAUUCAAUUUUACUGAGUCGAAUUGUCAUUUGGUCUGUGCUGAGAGGAUGGACAACUUGUAGUCUCUAGUGAUGAUUGAUCUAGGUUUUUUAGAUUGCUAAUUUUGAUCAGUUAGAUCAUCGUUUGCCUUGCAAGUCAAUACAAUUUACAAUUUCUAAUUGUAUGACUUAAACUUAACUUUGUAAGAGGUUCACAUUGUUGUUUAAAUUGAAUUUUACUCAGUCGAAUUGUCAUUUGGAUAGGAUAGGAUGGACAUCUUGUAGUUUCUAGUGAUAAUUGAUCUAGGUUUUUAGAUUGCUAAUUUUGAUCAGUUAGAUCAUCGUUUGCCUUCCAAGUCAAUACAAUUUACAAUUUCUAAUUGUAGGACUUAAACUUAACUAUAAAAGAGGUUUACACUGUUGUUUAAAUUGAAUUUUACUCAGUAGAAUUGUCAUUUGGUCUGUGCUGAUAGGAUGGACAUCUUGUAGUCUCUAGUGAUGAUUGAUCUAGGUUUUUUAGAUUGCUAAUUUUGAUCAGUUAGAUCAUCGUUUGCCUUGCAAGUCAAUACAAUUUACAAUUUCUAAUUGUAGGACUUAAACUUAACUAUAAAACAGGUUUACACUGUUAAUUUAAUUGAAUUUUACUCAGUCGAAUUGUCAUUUUGUCUGUGCUGAUAGGAUGGACAUCUUGUAGUCUCUAGUGAUGAUUGACUUAAACUUAACUAUGAAAGAGGUUUACACUGUUGUUUAAAUGGAAUUUUACUGAGUCGAAUUGUCAUUUGGUCUGUGCUGAUAGGAUGGACAUCUUGUAGUCUCUAGUGAUGAUUGAUCUAGGUUUUUUAGAUUGCUAAUUUUGAUCAGUUAGAUCAUCAUUUGCUAUGCAAGUCAAUACAAUUUACAAUUUCUAAUUGUAGGACUUAAACUUAACUAUAAAAGAGGUUUACACUAUUGUUUAAAUUGAAUUGUACUCAGUCGAAUUGUCAUUUGGUCUGUGCUGAUAGGAUAAACAUCUUGUAGUCUCUAGUGAUGAUUGAUCAGGGUGUUUUAGAUUGCUAAUUUUGAUCAGUUAGAUCAUCAUUUGCCUUGCAAGUCAAUACAAUUUACAAUUUCUAAUUGUAGGACUUAAACUUAACUAUGAAAGAGGUUUAAACUUUUGUUUAAAUUGAAUUUUACUCAGUAGAAUUGUCAUUUGGUCUGUGCUGAGAGGAUGGACAUCUUGUAGUCUCUAGUGAUGAUUGAUCAGGGUUUUUUAGAUUGCUAAUUUUGAUCAGUUAGGUCAUCAUUUGCCUUGCAAGUCAAUACAAUUUACAAUUUCUAAUUGUAGGACUUAAACUUAACUUUGAAAGGUUUACACUGUUGUUUAAAUUGAAUUUUACUCAGUCGAAUUGUCAUUUGGUCUGUGCUGAGAGGAUGGACAUCUUGUAGUCUCUAGUGAUGAUUGAUCUAGGUUUUUUAGAUUGCUAAUUUUGAUCAGUUAGAUCAUCAUUUGCCUUGCAAGUCAAUACAAUUUACAAUUUCUAAUUGUAGGACUUAAACUUAAGUAUUAAAGAGGUUUACACUGUUGUUUAAAUUGAAUUUUACUCAGUCGAAUUGUCAUUUGGUCUGUGCUGAUAGGAUGGACAUCAUUUAGUCUCUAGUGAUGAUUGAUCUGGGU